CGCCGCGAGUGGCCCGCUAAGCGAGAAUUGUGUGGGCACAUCCGAAAUUCGCAAGAGUGAACUUGGACAAUCCGACUCUUUCGACAACAACCCUUCCGACACAUCCCAACCCGGUCGACCAAAUUCGCGAUGGCCGAUAUCGACGUUAAGCUCGCUUCCUGGAAGCUGGUCGAGGUUGGCCGCCUUGUCCUGAUCCGCCGCGGCCCCUUCGCUGGCAAGCUCGCCGCCGUCGUCGAGAUUGUUGAUCACCGCCGUGUCCUGGUCGACGGUCCCUCCAGCGAGGAGCAGAAGAUCGUGCCUCGUCACGUUCUGCCCCUGGCUCACGCCACUCUCACCCACUUCGUUAUCCCCCAACUUCCCCGUGCUGCCGGUACCGGCCCCGUCAAGAAGCUGUGGGCUAAGAACGAGAUCGAUGGCAAGUGGGCCAAGUCUGGCUUCGCCCAGAAGACCGACCGCGUUGAGCGCCGCCGGAACCUGACCGACUUCGAGCGCUUCAAGGUUCUGCGCCUCCGCAAGCAGGCCCGCUACGAGGUCCAGAAGUCCCACGCCAAGGUCAAGGCUGCCGCUGCCAAGUCAUAAAUGAUUACGAGGGUUUGGUGCAUAGGAUGAAGGAGGUGUCCUGGGACGGGUUUCCAAUAGCUGGCAAUUUCUACCAGCAAAAUCGCUGUAUGCAUUAAUCGAUCUACAGCAAAAAUGAUUCAACUACCUUGAUAUCCCGGCAAGGGCUUGUGUCAUAGUUCUGCUCUGCGUCUAGGCCCCCAAACCGGGACCUCCUCUUUUUGAUAGAUCUGGGAAAACUCUUCUUGCCGUAAAGGAAAGAGAGCAAAAUGAAUUUAUGUAAAAGUGGCCAGAGAAGAGCUGAUUCCAUUGUAAACGAAAAUAAAAAGUUGCAUUUCCCCGAA